AGCUACAGGGAAGUUUUUGUUUUUGGCGUCUCUUCUGCGCCGAGCAAAAUUGCGCGUAAAUCGCAGCGCGAGGAGCGCCCGGUGCUGUCGAGACUGGGCGUCAGAGCGCGGGUGAUCGCCACGGGCGUGCUGGGUGUUGUCAUGGUGCUGGUGCUGGUCAUUCUCAUCCCGGUGCUGGUCAGCGCGGCGGGAUCCGACCCGCGCUACGAGAUGCUCGGUGCGUGCCGCAUGGUGUGCGAUCCCUACGGAACGAAGUCUCCAUCAUCAGCACCGACAGACAACCGCUUGGUUCAGUCCCCACCAACUUUCAUUCGCGGUCCGAAAGGAGAGCCAGGGCGCUUAGGACGGAUCGGUCCGAGGGGCCAGCCGGGUCCACCCGGACCUCCAGGUCCCCCCGGGGUCAUAGGAGAACCGGGGCCACCAGGAUUACCCGGUCCGCCCGGAGUCACCGGUGUCAUAAGCACGGCGACGUACAGCACCGUUCCCAAAAUCGCAUUCUACGCGGGACUCAAGAAGCAACACGAGGGUUACGAGGUGCUGAAGUUUGAUGAUGUGGUCACUAACUUGGGCAAUCACUAUGACCCCUCGAGCGGUAAAUUCACCUGCUCCAUCCCGGGGAUCUACCUUUUCGUGUAUCACGUAUUAAUGAGAGGUGGUGACGGGACUAGCAUGUGGGCUGAUCUGUGCAAGAAUAACCAGUUGCGUGCAAGUGCAAUAGCGCAGGAUGCAGAUCAGAACUAUGACUACGCCAGCAACAGUGUGAUUUUACACCUGGAGCCUGGAGAUGAGAUCUACAUUAAACUAGAUGGAGGCAAAGCGCACGGGGGAAACAACAACAAAUACAGCACAUUUUCAGGCUUCAUGGUCUACGCCGAUUAACAGCCGUGGCAUGGACUGCACUUUCAGAUGUACCUCAUUUUGACAUCACAACGUCAUCAGAGGUCACAAAAAAGUUUAACCCUCAAGCUUGUGACAACUCAUCCAUGUCAGCGCGAAGGACAAAACAACUGAACGUCCAGAGGAAUUACUGAAUGAUCAUACAUAUCGAAGCAUGAGAACACAUCCUCUACACACAAAUUAGUUUUUAGAAAAAUCACUGUGAUUUCGAAAAAAAAAUCUUACAGCAUAACACUGAUGAUUGCAGUAUAUUUAUUGAGAUUAACUGGCCGUGAAAGCAGAAAAUCAUUUGACAUAAUUCCAUUCCAUAUGUGCCUACCUUUGAUCAGAAGAGGCUGUUACAGAGCACAUGCCAUUAGCCCGGAAAUAUAGUUCAGAUUACAUUUCUUCAAUAAUUUCUCAUUCUUCAUACACAAAUUGUCACAUUCAAGCCACAGUUCUGUUCCGUUUUAUAUAAAUGUUGUCAUUUAAAAAUAUUAUCACUGUCUGGUAUGUGCAGUGUCUUCAAAAAAGUGUGAAUAAAAUAUAUUGUAUGAUUUGCAUGCGUGUAUAAAUUUGCUAUAAAACUAAAAGCUCUACAUAGUCAACAAAUGCAACUAUGAAAUAUCCUUGACUUGAUUACUUCAAGUAUUGUCAUCGUUUAUAAUAUUUUGCUAUUCCUUUAAAAGCACUAAACGAAAUAUACAACUGUAAAAUGGUAGUCCUAUAUCUAUAUCUAUACAUUCAAAAAGCAAAUCAGUUUUUCAUGCUGGAGCAAAAAAAAAAAAAAAGUAAAAAUGAAAGGAAAUGGGCAAGAUUAAUUACCAUGCCAUCUUCUUAAAAGUAACUUACGGAUGACUCGGCAUGUUUUGUAAUAUUACCUUGCUGUUACACGGGAACAGAGCACCUGACAGUGUCAUUAUUUUACUAGUGUGAGCAGCCACCUGCUCCAGAGAAACUCAUCUCUCUGUCCUACACAAUGACCUGCCAGAACGCAUGCCUUCAAAUGAUCAGAUGCGCUGUGAAACAUCAGGCUUGCCAAAGAACAAACGUGUACAGCAAGCAGUCUUACUUUAGGCAUACGGUCACAUUCAAUCACCUUAGUUCUAAUAGUCAGUCGUUGUCAAGUAUGUUCAACAUUAUUAACUGGUUGAGAUGUUUGCAGCUACACAAUAUCAGAAAGAAAAUUUUGCAAACUAUUAGAAUGUGUGAUUGAUUAAUAGAUAUUUUGCACGAGCUAAUUAGUAAGUAAUGUAGUCAGGAUAUUUCAUCAGACCUUGUAAUACACUAGUACUGUUCCACUUGUUUCCAUUAUCUAUUGCUUAGUUGUGAUCCCCUGAGCUGCAUUAUUAGUCUAAUUAAUCAUAUUUUCUUUGUCAACUUAAGUAAAAAGCACCUAUUUUCCACAACUCAGAGCCAUGCUUUUAUUUUACCCACUUUUUUGUGGUGAGAGAACUUUGAUCAUUGAAGACUGGUGAAUAUUUGAUAUGAAUAUUCUAGUUAGUGUUAAACUUAACAUGUGAGCUAUGGGUCUCAACUUUGCCAUCUUACAUAAAGGUUUUUUCUUGGCAUCAAUCGUUCCAUGAAGAAACCAUUCCACUGCACGAUUAUUAAAAUAUUCUUCACACUA